AUGCCUUGCAGCCGAUAAAGGAGCCAAGAUGGGGGUUUUGCACCAACUCUACCUCUUGCUGUGGAAGAAUGUGACCCUCAAGCGACGGAGCCCGUGGGUGCUGUCCUUCGAGAUCUUCAUCCCUUUGGUCCUCUUCUUCAUUUUGUUGGGACUACGGCAGAAGAAACCCACCAUCCCUGUGAAGGAAGUUUCUUACUACACAGCAGCUCCCCUCACCUCAGCUGGGAUUUUGCCGGUGAUGCAAUCCUUAUGUCCUGAUGGACAACGAGACGAGUUUGGGUUCUUGCAAUACUCCAACUCCACGGUGACUCAGCUGCUGGAGCGGCUCAAUGAGGUGGUGGAGGAGAGUAACCUGUUUGAUCCAGAUCAUGCUGGGCUGGAAGAGGAGCUGGAGUCCUUGCGGCGCCAUCUGGAGUCUCUCAGCAGCAAUGAACCCAGUGCCAUGGAGACCCACUUCAACAACCAGGCAGCCCCUGGCUUUACAUUGGACUCUGCUGCCAAGGACAAACGUGAAUUUCACCGGUUUCUCACACAGAACCUUUCCUUGUCCAAUGAGACAGCCGAGCUGCUGGCAGGGUCCAACAUUAACCUUCAAGAGGUGUACAAGCUGUUCUUUGGUACUGCCUCCUCAGUGGAUGGCUUCCAUGAGCCGUGGGACCGCUUUGGCACUGCUGAGAAACUGCUUCAGCUUGAGAAUAUUCUUUUCAAGCCUUCUGUGCUGGAGAGGCUCACUUGCUGGCAGAGCCCAGAUGAGCUCAAACACAUCUUGAUGGUCCCAGAAAGCCAGAGCUCCCUCUUGCGAGCUUACCGGGUUGCUGUCUGCAACAAGACUGCUGGCCUGCGCAAGGACUAUUUCAGCCAGCUAGCCACUGAGCUGAAGGAACAGCUAGAUGCUCGUAAGGUCAUCAGUCAGCUGAAGCUUGAUGAGGUGAACAGCACAGCUGCCCGACGUCGCCUCCACGCACUGUUGGAGGAUCUGAUGGAGAUGGAGAAGAUCCUGAAGGAUGUGGACAUCCUCUCAGCCCUGGCCAAGCUGCUUCCCAAGGGAGCCUGCUCAACCAAAGUUCCUCCUGCUGCCUUGAACAGCACUGGCUCGGGAGGGAAUUUCACCUCUGGCAUAAAUUCCACCGCUGAGGAGGGUAAAAGCGAGAGCGACCUACCCACCGAGAACCCCCAAGGGCAGUGCUCAGCUUUUGUCCAGCUGUGGGCGGGAUUGCAGCCCAUCCUUUGCGGCAACAACCGGACCAUUGAGCCAGAGGCCCUGAAGCAGGGGAACAUGAGCUCGUUGGGGUUCACCAGCAAAGAGCAGCGGAACUUAGGGCUCCUGGUUCACCUCAUGACAAGCAAUCCCAAGAUCCUUUAUGCUCCUGUUGGCACGGAGGUGGAUAAAGUCAUCCUGAAGGCAAAUGAGACCUUUGCCUUUGUUGGAAAUGUGACUCGCUAUGCCCAGGUCUGGCUGAACAUCUCGACAGAGAUCCGCAGCUUCCUGGAGGAGGGCAAACUGCAGCAGCGGAUCCGCUGGCUGCAACAGAUCACUGCAGAUCUCAAUAAACAUCCUGAAAUCCUGAAUGUUUCUAAUGGUGACCCGCUCCAAAGCUUCCUGGACAGCAACUUCUCAUUGCCCAACACCAGUGCUCUUGUGCAGCAGCUGGAUACCAUUGAUAAUGCUGCUUGCGGCUGGAUCCAAUUCAUGUCCAAGGUCAGCGUGGAUAUUUUCAAGGGCUUCCCAGAUGAGGAGAGUAUCGUCAACUACACACUGAACCAAGCCUACCAAGAUAACGUUACGGUGUUCGCCAGUGUGAUCUUCCAAACCAACAAAGACGGUACCCUCCCUCCCCACGUCAUGUACAAGAUCCGGCAGAAUUCCAGCUUUACAGAAAAGACCAAUGAGAUCCGCCGGGCUUAUUGGCGACCAGGCCCAAACACUGGGGGCCGCUUCUACUUCCUCUAUGGAUUUGUCUGGAUCCAGGAUAUGAUGGAGCGAGCCAUCAUCAACACCUUUGUAGGGCAUGAUGUAGUGGAACCUGGCAACUAUGUGCAGAUGUUUCCGUAUCCGUGCUACACCCGGGAUGACUUCCUAUUUGUCAUUGAGCACAUGAUGCCCCUCUGCAUGGUCAUUUCCUGGGUCUACUCGGUGGCCAUGAUGAUCCAGCACAUUGUGGCAGAGAAGGAGCACCGUUUGAAAGAGGUGAUGAAAAUGAUGGGGCUCAACAAUGCUGUCCACUGGGUAGCCUGGUUCAUCACAGGUUUUGUCCAGCUCUCCAUCUCCGUCACAGCGCUCACUGCCAUCCUCAAGUACGGAAAGGUCCUGAUGCACAGCGAUGUCUUCAUCAUUUGGCUCUUCCUUGCCAUCUAUGCAGUGGCCACCAUCAUGUUCUGUUUCCUGGUGUCCGUGCUCUAUUCCAAAGCCAAGCUGGCUUCCGCUUGUGGCGGCAUCAUCUACUUUCUUAGCUACGUCCCGUACAUGUACGUUGCCAUCCGGGAGGAAGUCGCCCAUGACAAGAUCACAGCCUUUGAGAAGUGCAUUGCUUCCCUCAUGUCCACCACAGCCUUUGGGCUUGGCUCCAAGUACUUUGCUCUGUAUGAAGUGGCAGGCGUGGGCAUUCAGUGGCACACCUUCAGCCAAUCGCCUGUGGAAGGGGAUGACUUCAACCUUCUCCUAUCAAUGAUGAUGUUGAUUAUCGAUGCUGUGGUCUAUGGGGUUCUGACAUGGUACAUCGAGGCUGUUCACCCAGGAAUGUAUGGCCUUCCCCGGCCCUGGUACUUCCCGUUUCAGAAAUCCUACUGGCUGGGGAAUGGGCGCACCGAGGCCUGGGAGUGGACGUGGCCCUGGUCACGUACCACCCGCUUGAGUGUCAUGGAAGAAGAUCAAGCUUGUGCCAUGGAGAACAGGAGGCUGGAAGAGACCCGUGGCAUUGAGGAGGAGCCAACCCACCUUCCACUGGUGGUUUGUGUGGACAAACUGACCAAAAUCUACAAGACAGAUAAAAAAUUGGCUUUGAACAAGCUGAGCCUCAACCUCUAUGAGAACCAGGUGGUAUCAUACCUGGGCCACAACGGAGCUGGCAAGACCACAACCAUGUCCAUCCUGACAGGACUCUUCCCACCUACCUCUGGCUCUGCUACCAUUUAUGGCCAUGACAUCCGGACAGAAAUGGAUGAGAUCCGCAAGAACCUCGGCAUGUGCCCCCAACACAAUGUCCUUUUUGAUAAACUGACUGUGGAGGAGCAUCUGUGGUUCUACUCACAAUUGAAGGGCAUGGCAGAAGAGGAGAUACGCAAGGAGAUGGAUAAGAUGAUUGAGGAUCUGGAGCUGACCCACAAGUGCCACUCGCUGGUGCAGACACUUUCAGGUGGGAUGAAGCGGAAACUGUCCGUAGCCAUUGCCUUCGUCGGGGGAUCACGGGCAGUCAUCCUGGAUGAACCCACAGCUGGCGUGGACCCCUAUGCAAGGAGAGCAAUUUGGGAUCUCAUCCUCAAAUACAAACAAGGAAGGACUAUCCUGCUCUCUACACACCACAUGGAUGAGGCCGACCUCCUUGGUGACCGCAUUGCUAUUAUCUCGCAUGGGAAGCUGAAGUGCUGCGGCUCACCCCUCUUCCUGAAGAGUACCUACGGUGAUGGAUACAAACUCACUGUGGUCAAGAAGCAGUCUGACUCCCGGACCAACACAGACUCUGGACAGACCCAUAGUCCCCCGUCUCACUCCUCUGUUAGCCCCUGCUCUGAAGUACGGGUCACGCAGUUCAUCAAGAAGUAUGUGGCCUCCUGCCUCCUCAUCUCUGACACCAACACAGAACUGUCCUACAUCCUACCCAGCGAAGCUGUCAAGAAGGGCUGUUUUGAGAGGCUCUUUCAGCACUUGGAGCACAGCUUGGAUGACCUGGACCUGACCAGUUUUGGGCUGAUGGACACCACUCUGGAGGAAGUCUUCCUUAAGGUCUCGGAAGAAGAUCAGUCUCUGGAGAAUAGUGAUGUGGAUGUGAAAGAGUCCAAGAAAGAUGCUCUUCUGCUGCCCAUACCCCCACUGGGCCCAAAACCUGAGGCCAAUGGAGAGCCUCAUCCAGGUGCAGAAAUGCUCAACAAGCCAGAGAUGGACCACAGCAACCUGCUGGACUGCUCCCAGCUAGCCCAGUCUCAGACAUCGCUGUGCUCGGCUUCUUCUGCGGGCUCCGUGCGGGGUGAUGAAGGUGGGGCUUAUUCGGAGUUCUAUGGGGAUUACUCUCCGUUGUUUGAUAAUCCGCAAGACCCUGAUAACGUCAGUUUGCAAGACCAAGAAACUGACUCUGAGGAGCAUGCACUGGCUGGGCAGGGGAGCUUCAAGCUGGAGGGCUCCUGGCUUAAGUUGCGCCAAUUCCACGGGCUGAUCGUCAAGCGCUUCCACUGUGCCAAGCGCAACACCAAAGCUCUCUUCUCCCAGAUCUUGCUGCCUGCCUUCUUUGUGUGUGUGGCUAUGACAGUGGCCCUCUCUGUACCUGAGAUAGGAGACCUGCCUCCCCUCAUCCUCACACCAUCCCAGUAUCACAACUACACCCAACCCAAAGGCAACUUUAUCCCAUAUGCCAAUGAAGAACGGCACGAAUACCGGCUAAAGCUGUCACCAGAUGCCAGCCCCCAACAGAUGGUGGGAACGUUCCACCUGCCCUCCGGUGUGGGUGCCACCUGUGUGCUUAAGACGGCUUUCAACAGCACCUUAGACCAGCUAGUCCAGACACUGAACCUCAACAGCAAUGAGUCAAAGAUGUUGGCAGCCAAGUACUUCGACGCAAUGUGUGUGGACUCCUUCACCCAGGGCUUGCCUCUCUCCAACUUUGUGCCACCACCCCCGUCCCCAGCACCCUCAGACUACCCCUUCUCUCUGGACGAGGACUUGCUGCGGGCCUGGAACUCUACCACCUACCCCUCCUCUCUCAAAGAAAUGGUCACCUCUGCUCCAUCCCUGCCCCACAUCAUCCAUGAACCCAUGAAGUGUACUUGCUCCAUGCAGGGCACAGGCUUCUCCUGCCCAAGUGGAGUUGGAGGCCACCCCCCACAGAUGAAAGUGGUGACAGGAGACAUCUUGGUAGACAUCACAGGGCGCAAUGCCUCUGAGUACUUACUCUAUACAUCAGACCGCUUCCGGUUGCACAGAUAUGGUGCUAUGACCUUUGGCAAUAUCCAGAAAUCCAUUCCCGCAUCCUUUGGGGCCAAAGCUCCUCCCAUGGUGCGGAAAAUUGCAGUCCGGCGAACAGCCCAGGUUUACUACAACAACAAGGGAUACCACAGUAUGCCUACCUACCUCAACACCCUCAACAAUGCCAUCCUUCGCGCCAACCUGCCCAAAAGCAGGGGGAACCCAGCUGCCUAUGGUAUCACUCUGACCAACCACCCAAUGAACAAGACUAGCGCCAGUCUCUCUUUGGAUUACCUCCUCCAGGGCACCGAUGUGGUCAUCGCCAUCUUCAUCAUCGUAGCCAUGUCCUUCGUGCCGGCUAGCUUUGUGGUCUUCCUGGUGGCAGAGAAGUCCACCAAAGCCAAGCACCUCCAAUUUGUGAGCGGCUGCAACCCAGUUAUCUACUGGCUGGCGAAUUACGUCUGGGACAUGUUAAACUACCUGGUGCCAGCUACUUGCUGCAUCAUCAUCCUCUUUGUGUUUGACCUGCCAGCAUACACCUCUCCAACCAACUUUCCAGCUGUGCUGUCUCUCUUCCUGCUGUAUGGCUGGUCUAUCACGCCCAUCAUGUACCCAGCCUCCUUCUGGUUUGAGGUGCCCAGCUCGGCUUAUGUCUUUCUGAUUGUCAUCAACUUGUUCAUCGGCAUCACUGCCACUGUGGCCACCUUCCUGCUGCAGCUCUUUGAACAUGACAAGGACCUAAAGGUGGUGAACAGUUACUUGAAAAGCUGCUUCCUGAUCUUUCCCAAUUAUAACCUGGGCCAUGGGCUGAUGGAGAUGGCCUACAAUGAGUACAUCAAUGAAUACUAUGCCAAGAUCGGACAGUUUGACAAAAUUAAAUCACCCUUUGAAUGGGAUAUUGUCACACGAGGAUUGGUUGCCAUGACGAUCGAAGGCUUUGUGGGCUUUUUCAUCACUAUCAUGUGCCAGUAUAAUUUCUUCCGGAAACCACAACGUCUUCCUGUGUCCACCAAGCCCAUUGAGGAUGACGUGGACGUUGCAAACGAGCGACAUCGUGUGUUGCGCGGUGAUGCCGACAAUGACAUGCUCAAGAUUGAGAAUCUUACUAAGAUCUACAAAUCCCGCAAAAUUGGGCGGAUUCUUGCUGUGGACCGCCUAUGUGUUGGUGUCAGGCCAGGGGAGUGUUUUGGUCUGCUGGGUGUCAAUGGAGCUGGGAAGACAACCACCUUCAAGAUGCUGACGGGUGAUGAAAGUACAACUGGUGGGGAGGCCUUUGUCAAUGGGCACAGCAUAUUGAAGGAGCUUCUCCAGGUGCAGCAGAGCUUGGGUUACUGUCCGCAGUUUGAUGCACUUUUUGAUGAGUUAACUGCGCAGGAGCACCUGGAGCUGUACACCCGGCUGCGUGGCAUCCCCUGGAAGGAUGAGGAACAGGUGGUGAAAUGGGCCCUGAAGAAGCUGGAACUAACAAAAUAUGCAAACAAACCUGCUAGCACCUACAGUGGUGGCAACAAGAGGAAGCUGUCCACAGCCAUUGCGCUUAUUGGCUAUCCAGCCUUCAUUUUCCUGGAUGAGCCAACUACUGGCAUGGACCCUAAAGCCAGGCGUUUUCUGUGGAACCUUAUCUUGGACAUCAUCAAAACUGGCCGUUCAGUGGUGUUGACAUCACACAGCAUGGAAGAAUGUGAGGCCCUCUGCACUCGCCUGGCGAUCAUGGUGAACGGGCGCCUGAAGUGUCUGGGCAGCAUCCAGCACCUGAAAAACAGGUUUGGUGAUGGAUACAUGAUCACAGUGCGGACCAAAUCCAGCCUGAAUGUCAAAGAGGUGGUGCGGUUCUUCAACAGGAACUUCCCAGAGGCUAUCCUCAAGGAACGGCAUCAUACAAAGGUGCAAUACCAGCUCAAAUCUGAGCAGAUCUCUCUAGCCCAAGUGUUCAGCAAGAUGGAGCAAGUGGUGGAUGUUUUGGGCAUUGAAGAUUAUUCCGUCAGCCAAACCACACUGGACAAUGUGUUUGUGAACUUUGCCAAGAAGCAGAGCGAUAAUCUGGAACAGCAGGAGACCAGCCCUGCCUGUUCAGUGGAGUCUCCAUUGCAACGCUUGCUGAACAUCUUGCGUCCACGAGCCGCCCCGACUGAACUGCGGGCCCUUGUAGUGGAGGAGCCCGAGGAUCUGGAAACAGAUGACGAGGGACUGAUCAGCUUUGAGGAAGAGCGAGCUCAGCUCUCCUUCAACACUGACACGCUUUGCUGAAAAAUGGUGGGGGAUUCAGCCCCCUCUCCUGGCUUUAAACCACAGACUCUCUCCUGCCUGGCACCCACUUCCCUUGCCUCUCGCCUGACCUUCCGUUGAGCGGUAGCUGCCCCCUGUUAGCAAGGUGGCAGGAGGCGAGGGGGUACCUUGAAGCCCUGCCAACAAGGCUGUUGCAAGCAUCUGAUUUCAGAGAGCGUCCUGGAGGGUCCCGACAUGUUGCCAGCGAGUCCCGUGAACGAGGAGCUGGCCUGGACCAGACCAGCUGCUUUUGUGGAGAGCAGAGAUGGCUGUUAAUAGCAUGAUCUCUGGCAGCAGACUAAAUGAGGAGGAACUGUGCCCCUACCAUUAAUGCAACUCUCUUGGUUCUUUGGAGGAUCACUGGCCUGGCUUAGGGGCAGAAGGUGCUAACACAGGAGCCUUGCAGGCACCACGGCGAGGAAGAGGGGCAGUGCAUUCCUGACUCUGACAGUUUUCUCUUGGCUGCUACUGAAUGCUUUUGCAAGAGGAGACAUUGCCUCUGACCCCUCCCCCCUCCAGUUGGAGGGUUUUUGAACCCGUGUUUCUUUUCUACGAUGUUGACUUGACUUUUUGACUUGGCUGCCUUGGCACUGCUUUCCUGGGUGGGUCUUGCACAGCCUCCCCUGGAGCUUGGAAAGGGAAGGAGCCAACUGACUGAUCUAACUUGCACCCAGGGAUUGUCUGGAUGUUUUAUUUCCUGAAGGGAGCAAAUGAUUCCUUGAAAAGGAAGUGUAAGGGAGAAUAUUUAGCACGCUCCCUAGCAGGACGAGUCCAGGGGCUCAGGCUCCCUCUUUCUCACUCUGGCAUUAAGUUCAGGGCCAAAGGGAUCAGUACAACCAUCUGCUUUUUGCAGAUUUGGAAAAUGCCCUUGAACCUGCUGGACAUCUUUGCUUGUGCUAAAGCAAGUUUAUUUGUGAGUGAGUGUGUGUGUGUGCGUGCGCCUGUGUGUGUCUGUGUUCUUUCCCUCCUUCUCUGUCUCUGCUCCCCCUACCCUAACCAAGGGUCCCUGAGCUCUUUUUAAACUUAAUUGAUCAUGAAAUGCUGCUCUUACUGAAAAAUAAAAUAAACUAAUGCUUCUAGCCCUCAUGGCUGAGGAACACCAACAAUGUAUCUGCUUUAAAGGCUUAGAAAGGGAGAAGCAUUUGGAGCAAGGCUUUGCAUAGUUGCGACUGAGGUGAGGGGAGUAUCCUUACCUCAGUUUGGCUUCAAUUUGGCUGCAUCCUGUUUGGGAAAUGGGGUUUGCAGGAUGCAUCAUGGUGAGCCUCAAGCUCCCUUUGGAGUGACAUAUUACAGCAAUAAUCCAGGGCAGUUCAGAGACUGAGCGCCAGACCUGGGCCUGGAGGGAGAGUCCAAGACUGGGCUAUCAAGGUGCUGGAGAUGUUUGUUCCAGCACUGAGGUUGAUCUGGCAGGGUCCAUUUCCAGGUCCUCAGAAUUUAAGGCUAGGUAUUCCAUUUCGGGAACCGGGUUCAAGCACCUUGCUUAGUGCUAUUUUUUAUCUGAACAUCCAAAUGCUUGCACUUUCUGAAAGCGCCUCUCCCCGCACCUGAGAAGUAUGCCCCCUAGUUCCCUCAAGCUUAGAAUUCCGUUAACAAUGGCUGGCCAGAUGCAAUGGGCAAGAUGGGAGAUAGUGGGGUCCUGUGGUCCAUCUCCAACAUCUGAUAUUCAGAGGUAUACUGCCUCUGAAAACAGAGGCUUAGUUUGAGUGAUAGCUGCUAGUAGAACUCCCCCUCCACCAUGAGUUGGCCCAAUAUUUUGCAGGCUAUAUCAAUGCCUGCAAAAUAUUGCCAUGUUUGAAGGGUGCUGGAUCCUCUUUAGAGAAAUGUUACAGGCAUCUGUUAGUCGCAGGGAUGGGUGCAGCUGCAGCAGACAGAGCCUCUGAGGCAAGAUCUGAUCUUUUUGGCUCAGAUGGUGCUUCGGAGGAAGUCUGCCCCUCCUCCUGGGGAGAACUUGGGCAGCUUCACAUUUUUAUCUUUUUUGGAGCAGAAGCUGAAAAGGCAGAGCCGCACGUCCAGCGCCAUCAAAUGAGAACAGCGCUUGUGCAUUUAAAUGUGUGGAUUUCUCUGCAUAAAAUGCAGAAAAGGGAAUCAAGAGAGGAUCAGGCCCUUGCUGCGUGUUUUAGAUGCUUUCUCUAACCUGCCAUAAACAUGGGGGAAAAUGUCCUUUCUUGGUUGCUUCCAUGAGCAUUGCAGGGAAACAGGCACCAUUUGAAAAUAAGUGCACCCUUUGCAAUCAACCGAUGGCAUCCGGAGAGGUGUUUUGUAGUUUUCAGUUCCAGUUCUCUUUGUAGUUGUGCUACAAAUGUAAAUUGCCUCUUUAGGGGACUUAGGAUAUAGCCUAAACCAACCCUCCUAUGGAAUACAGAAAUGUCCAAGCUGUGUGCUGUAACAAGCCUGCUAGUGUACCAUGGGAAAUUGGCUUCAUGGGAGUCUUUAAUUUAGUACCCACCUUAUAGAGGUUUCCUGCUGCAUUUCUACACUGUCUGCUGCUCUGCCCUUAACCCCUUCUGAUCAACCCUCACUAAAGCGGCACUGGUAAUUCUAGCAUAUCUCUGCCUUUCAAGGGAUUAGUUUGGAUUGUCUGGCUGCUGUGUAUGCAGGCAAACACCAGGAUUCCCUGCCCUUUGAGGAGGCUGCAAAAUGUGCAUCUGGUUGAGUUGCAGCUCCGUAUGGCGACUUCCAAUUAGCAAUCAAACCCAAGGAAGAGAGGGGUUCCUUUUCAUGUGGGUGAUUCUGGAAAGUAAAUCUUUUCAGGUGUAAGAAUGAGGUAUGCCCUUCUUUUUUGGGUAUGUGUGUGUGAUUCUCAUCCAUUGGGAAAACACUGGGAGAGAUUGUAAGGGCUUUGCUGAAAGUUUGUCUAAGGUACUUUAAGACAUUAUAUUUCUCUCUUUUCCCUUCCCUGUCUUGUAGUUUGGUUCUAUCUCUGGAUUCUGACAGUUGUAUUUUGGCACCCUUGCCUUUCUGUCUCUUGUCAUUAUCUACAAUUGUGUGCUUCUCUUCCCUCCACCCCAUCCAUUUCAAUGCCCCUCUUACUUUCCAGCCUCCACCUCUUUACUGUACCUUGUCAGACAGCUCCCCUUUCCUCAAGAUGUUGUGCCAAAUGAGCUGCUUAGCAUGAGCUGUGUAAAAUGUGUUUAUUUUUUAAACAAACCCAGUGCACAUUUUUCUUGCAAGCAUGGUUUUUAAAAAACAAAAACAAAAAAAAACUUUUGUUGGAUUUCUUUGGGAAAACAUGGAUUUCUUUGGGAAAACAUAGAAAAUGAACAACCUCAGAUAUACCAAGGGGCAGGAGGUCAGGGCAGGGCCGAUUGUAUGCAUGUAGGGACUCUGGAGCAGGAGGGUUUCCCCAGAGAUUUUCUGAAUUGUCCUCUCCCUUUGCAGCUCACUUGCAACUCAAGAUCUUGUGUCUUUGGACCGUAUGAAGAGUGUACCCCCAACAUGAGCAACUGUGGGAUCCAUUCCUUCACCUUAUCCCACGAGGAGCUCACAUAUGUGCAUUUUAAAGAUGUCCCAAAAACCUGCCCUUUGCAAGACUCUGGCUGCCUUUGAUUCUUGGUCUCUGGCAUGCUGCCUUAACACUCCAGGCGUUCCCCCUGUUUUUCUGAUUUCGCCAGGCCAGUUUUCCAUGUACUGUGCCUCACUGAGCCAGAACCAGGGCUGUUUCAUUGGCCUUUGUGAGAAUUCCUGGUAGUUGGUAAGGGCCUUACAACAAGCCUGUAUAUUGCUAGCAAAAAAAGGACAAAAUGUGAAAAUAAUGAUUGUUUUAAUAAAAAUCGUAAUAACCAA